AUGUUUCAUAUAUCGAGUAGAUCAUGUUUGAAACGAAUACUACUAACGCGAACGUAUUCAGAUAUACUAAAUGAUAUACGAAGAGUUGCAAACUCAAAACCAACAUCAAAACCAUCAACUAUUUCAAAUUCAGAUAAACCAAAAAUCAACAGAUUUGCACAACAAUAUUCAAAACCAAAACCUCAAAUUUCAAAUAAUAGACCGGCAAGACCUAACAUAAGUAAUAGAAAUGGAAAUUAUGGAAAUAGUAGGCGACCUCAUUUGCAAAAUAGAGAUUCAAAUAAUUCAAUAAAUAAACAAUUCACACCUUUAAAUGGACCACAAUUAACAAAGGAAGAGAUAGAAAGACAAAAAUUAAUAAAAUAUCAAGAAUUACGAAGACAAAUAGAAAAGGGAGAUACAAAAGAUCAACAGCACCGAGAUAAUGAAACAUUCAUACCACAGCGAACUACAAAAUCUAGAAAAUUUCGAAAAUUAAAAGAACGUAAAAAACCAAUUGUUAAAAUUCAAUUACCUCCUUUCAUUUCAAUUGCAAAUUUAGCAAUGAUAAUGCAAGUUCCAAUAAAUGAUGUUAUUAAAAAGACUCAAGAUUUAGGGUUUGAAAAUGUAAGACAUUCAUAUAUUUUAGAUAAAGAAAAUGCUAGUUUAAUUGCAGAUGAAUAUGAUAUUGAAGUUGAAAUUAUAUCUGAUAAUAAUAAAAAAAAUGAAAAUGAUUUAUUUUCUGAUCCUAUAAAACCAGAAAAUUUAAAAGAAAGACCACCAGUAGUUACAAUUAUGGGACAUGUUGAUCAUGGUAAAACAACUAUAUUAGAUUAUUUAAGAAAUUCAUCAAUCGUAAAAGGAGAAUUUGGUGGAAUAACUCAACAUAUUGGUGCAUUUUCAGUUAUAACUCCUGAAUCCAAGAAAAAAAUUACAUUUUUAGAUACUCCUGGUCAUGCAGCAUUUUUAAAAAUGAGAGAAAGAGGUGCAAUAAUAACAGAUAUUAUUAUAUUAGUUGUUGCUGCUGAUGAUUCAGUUAUGCCUCAAACUAUUGAAGCUAUAAAACAUGCCAAAAAGGCAGGAGCUCCAAUAAUAAUAGCUAUAAAUAAAUGUGAUAAACCUGGUAUUAAAAUAGAUAAAGUAUUAAGUGAUUUAUCAUCUCAUAAUAUUGAUAUUGAAGAUUAUGGUGGAGAUACUCAAGUUGUUCAAGUAUCAGGAAAAACUGGUUUAAAUAUGAAUAAAUUAGAAGAAGCUAUUAUAACAUUAAGUGAAUUACAAGAAUUUAAAUCUGAAUUUAAUGGUAUUGCUUCUGAAGGUUGGAUAAUUGAAUCUGAAGUUAUAAAAGGAAUGGGUAAUGUUGCUACUGUAUUAGUACGUAGAGGUUCUUUAAAAAAUGGUGAUAUAAUAGUUGCUGGCAAGACAUAUUGUAAAAUAAAAGGUAUGAAAGAUGAAAAUGGUAAAAUUUUAAAAUUAGCAGAACCUUCAACUCCUGUACAAAUUUGGGGUUGGAAAGGUUUACCAGAUAGUGGAGAUCAUAUAAUUCAAGCAAAAACAGAACAAAUUGCAAAAAAAGUUAUUGAAUUUAGACAAAAAAGAUCACAAGAAAUUCAAGCUUCAAGAGAUAUAGAAAAUAUUAAUUUAAAAAGAUCAGAAGAAAUAAAAGAAGCUGAAAGAUUGGAAAAAUUAACUGAAUUGAAAAAAGCAGGAUUAGAUUCAAGUGAAUUAGAAAUUAAAGAAGAAGAUAAGCAAGUUAAAUGUAAUUACAUUAUAAAAUCAGAUGUAUUUGGAUCUUCAGAAGCUAUAAAAGAAAGUAUUGAUGGGUUAGGUAAUGACGAAGUUAAAUCAAUAGUUAUAUCUAAUUCUGCAGGUUUACCAACUGAUAAUGAUUUAGAUAUGGCAAAAACUUUUGGAGCAACAAUUUUUUGUUUUAAUUUAAAAAUUCCUAAACCCAUUUUAAUAAGAGCAGAAAAAGAAAAAAUUAAAAUUAUUGAACAUAAUAUUAUAUAUAGAUUAAUUGAACAAGUAAAUGAUGAAUUAAAUUCUCAUUUAAAACCAAGAAUUGAAACUAAAAUCUUGGGAGAAGUUGAAUUAAAAGAUAUUUUUACUAUUACACAAGGUAAAUCAAAAAUUAAAAUUGCUGGAUGUAAAGUUUUAUCAGGUAUAAUAAAAAGAUCAUCAAAUGUUAAAGUUUUAAGACAAAAAAAGGAAAUUUAUAAAGGUACAUUAUCAUCUUUAAAACAUAUUAAAGAUGAUAUCACAGAAGCAAGAAAAGGAAAUGAAUGUGGUCUAAGUUUUUCCAAUUGGAAUGGAUUCGAAGCUGGUGAUUUGAUUCAAGUUUAUGAAGAAAUUGAACAUAAAAGGUAUUUGUGA